AUGCAGCUCAUCAGCUCGCUCUCCCUCUUUCUCGCCUUUGCGAUUUCCGCACUGGCCUUGACUAUCACCUCACCCAGCACAACCAACCAAAAGGUCGACUUCAGCAAGCCAUUCACCAUCAAAUGGGGCUCAGUGCCCUCUGACCCCGAGCAAUUCACCAUCACCCUCGUCAACAUGGACGGCCACAAUGUUAACAAAGACCUGGCGGUUGAUGUCGACGCGUCCAAGGAAGAGUACCGUGUUGAGAAGGUCGCGGAUAUCCCUCUCGCAAACAACUACCAAAUCAACUUCCGCUCCACCGAGAAGGACAGCACGGGUAUUCUGGCUCAGAGUCCCAGGUUCAAUGUGACCAAGGUCGCGGACGACGAGGAUGACACAGAAACUACUACUACCGCCACCGCCACUGCCACUAGAACGCAGUCCCAGACUGCUGCCACGGAGACAGACGACACCAACGGAGCCGCCCAUGUGAAGGGCGUUUAUGUCGGGCCCGCUGCUGUGGCGGGUGUGAUGGCCUUGGUUGUGAUGGCUCUGUAA